UACGUCAUCUGCUUAAAAAUGGACGCACUUUGUGUCGUUUGUGUAAAAUGAAAGUAGGAUAUUAUACCUAGUUUGACACAAGCUUGUUGAGACAAAGAUGUCUGACUGGAUUCCCUUGGUUGCACAAGUUAAGUCGAUCGUCCAAAUAUCUGCUGGCGACGAAGAAGGUGCUAAACAAACACAGGAAACAUUCGCCAAACGAUGUCCUAUUGUCUCCCAAACCGUAUCUGUAUACCAAGCUUUCAACGGGAACAUGGAAGGUGCAAAGGAAACACAGAUGGAGUUUCUCGGCAUGAUAAAUGACACAGUAAAUAGUAUACCUAUAGUAGGGCAUGCAAAAGGUAUGGUGCACUACAUAGCCGGGGACAAAAUGGGAGGCGAUGAGGCUAUGAAGUCUGCCUCACAUACGACUGGUACUAUAGGAGGUGGUAUUGCUGGCUUUGGAUUAUUAGGGCCUAUUGGUGCAAUUGCUGGAGGGAUAACAGGAGGAGCAUUAAUGGAUGCAACCAUUACAACAGCGGACACAUUAAUCCAUGAUGAGGAUAGGCCAUACGGAUAUUUAAAUCAAAUAAAACAAAUAAAAGAAAAACCCGGUGACGCUGGUCAAUGGGUUGAUAUGGCUACUUCACUAGCGUUAGAUGGUCUUGCCGGACACACCGCAGGAGUCGCAUACAAUCAACAGACGACUAAAGAAACGGCCAAGGCAAAAAAGAACAAAACCAAAGACAAAGGCAAAGGUCAAGAAAAUAAAAAAACAUUUUCGAAAAAAUCGAAAGUGAAAACUGAAACUAAUAACCGAAAAGCUGAUUAUAAAAUACAAAAACAAUCGGACUCCAAAAGCAACAUUUCAAAUGCACAGUGUGUCAAGUCCCAUGCUAAAUCUACAGUAGUGUUAUCAGAAGCAAAUGUUAACCAAGAAACCCAUACUCCUCAGCCAUCGUAUUCAGUCACAUCAGCCAUUGCAGAUUUUACUGAAUCUACAACUGAUGCAGCUGCAACCAUGGGUAAAGUAAUUGUAGCUUCUAAAGGGAUAAUGGACAACAGCUCGGCAGGUGAAUUCCUAAUGAAUACUCUACAGGGAAGUAGAUCUGCCAGGUUGAGAAAUAAAACUUCUGAAAGUAAAGAGAUAGAAGCAUUGGAACAGUCUCCAGUAUUUCCUAUUCCAAAAGAAGUGAGAGUGAUGACAAUAUCUCAGUUAUUAAGGGGAGAUCAUAUAAAGUAUAAAAGACUUUUUGGUUACUCCCAUCAUGCAAUAGUCACCAAUGUAUUUCCGGAAAAUAAUGAAUAUGAGAUCGUUCAUUUUCAACCGCCAUCAUCCGGAAAUAAAAUUAAGGAUUCACCACUCAUUAGACAGGAAGUAAAACAAUUAGAUGAAGCGUUUUAUAUUUUAGAGUACGACGAAAAAGAUCGAUAUCCUCACGAGGCCACGGCUACCAUGGCAGAAGUAAUGAUCGGGUACAAUGAGGAGGAUAGGAUAACUAUAUACAGUGUGUUCAGCAACAACUGUGAACACUUGGCAACAUAUUGUGUGACUGGCCAAGCUUACAGCACACAAGUUGAGAAUGGUAAGGAACUUGUGAAAGCAUUGGUCAAGACCGGAAUGAUUGCGGCGUCGAAGAGUGUAAAGCGCCAAAGAGAAAAUAUCGAAGCAGGUUAAAAGAAGACUAGUCCUUUCAUAUGUGUAAAUAUGAAUGACUUUUAAUGUGCUAAAUAUAUUGGGGAAAAUUUUUAGUAAAUAUAUAUAAAAUAUAAAAUAUAUACUAAUAGGGUUUAAAAUUAGUAAAUGUAAUGUUUUGUAAAGUUCUGUUUGUAAAUAUCUCUUUCACUGUAUUGUGAAUAUAACAAUUUUGUAGAUAAAGUAUCUUUACAUCUACAAAGAUAUCUCGCACAUUGAUCGUACAAUCCCAUGUGUUAAACAUCAUUACUUGAAGCAAGGCGCGCGAUGACUAGUCAACUUUCUGACGAUAGUGUUAUUAAUCAAAUGAGCAUAUAUUGAUUUGUAAAGUUGUUUGAAAACCCGAAGAAGGUCAAACUCCAAAAAAUGUACUGUUAUCCCAUUGUUCAAAAAAGAAGUCAUUUCAAACUUUUUAAUG